CAGUCAGAACGCGGGUUGAAUUUCCCCCCUGUUGUGAUGACGUCUAAUGUCUGCGCCACGUUGUACCCACGUGUGGACGUCUCUUUUUUGCAGCGGCAGCAAAACAUCCGCAGUGACGCUGGUAUCAGUGCGCACGAAGAAAACUUUGGAUUUCUUUUCUCUCUGACAUUAAACCAUCCCGAAGAACAAGCUGCGAAGGUUUCUACCACCAGAGUCACUUUUUCUAGACCAUGCCCCACGACCCCGACCCUCCUCCGGCUAAAAGAUUCAAGCCGGGGUCAGUGUUCUUCCGUCUGGAUAAGAACAAGCCUGGAAUGCUGCUUCCUAGAAAGGGCAAUGCGACCACUCCGAUAGAAGUCCAGAGGAAACAGCUUCCGAUCUACCAGGCGAAACCUCAGCUGCUGAACCAACUGAGGCAGCUGCACAAUGUUAUUCUGAUCGGUGAGACCGGAUCAGGGAAGACCACUCAGAUCCCCCAGUAUCUGUACGAGGCUGGCAUCGGGCGACAGGGCAUGGUCGCCAUCACCCAGCCUCGCCGGGUGGCUGCCAUCUCGCUGGCAGGAAGGGUGGCCGAGGAGAAGAGGACUCAGCUCGGCAAGCUGGUUGGCUACACGGUGCGAUUUGAGGAUGUCACCUCCUCCGAGACAAAGCUGAAGUUCAUGACAGACGGCAUGCUGCUGCGUGAGGCCAUCGGAGACCCGUUACUGCUGCGCUACACCGUGGUGGUCCUGGAUGAAGCCCACGAGCGCACCGUGCACACUGAUGUGCUGUUCGGCGUGGUUAAGACUGCUCAGCGCAGGCGGAGAGAACUCAAUAAGAUUCCCUUGAAGGUCAUAGUGAUGUCGGCCACUAUGGACGUAGAUUUGUUCUCUGAAUACUUCAACAAGUCACCAGUGCUGUACCUGGAGGGAAGGCAGCAUCCCAUUCAGAUCUACUACACCAAGCAUCCCCAGUCAGACUACCUGCAGGCUGCACUCGUGUCUGUGUUCCAGAUCCAUCAGGAGGCGCCUCCGUCCCAUGACAUUUUAGUCUUCAUGACGGGUCAAGAGGAAAUCGAGGCCCUGGCGAGGACUUGCCGGGACAUCGCCAAGCAUCUUCCUGACGGCUGCGGUCACAUGGUAGUUAUCCCGUUGUACGCAUCGCUGCCCCCAGCACAACAGCUCAGGGUCUUCCAGCCAGCUCCCAAGGGUUGUAGGAAAGUCAUCCUCUCAACCAACAUCGCUGAGACGUCAGUUACAAUCUCUGGGAUUAAAUAUGUCAUAGACACAGGGAUGGUGAAGGCCAAACGCUUUAAUCCUGCGGCAGCAAAACAUCCGCAGUGA